AUGUCCGCCUCCCUGGAAAAGGUCCGGCGUAGGCCAGAACGGGCCGGAUUUCUGUGGAGAUUCGAGACAUUCAAAUCAGAAGACUCUUUUUCCCACAUUUGGGCAGAUGCACUUUUUUUUUUUUUUACAUUUAACUCCCCCAUUCUUCGCUGUUUUUUUUUUUUUAUCAUUGAUAGUAUACCGGUCUUUUCUUUUUUUAUUGGCUUUUUAUUAUUGAUUCCUCACCGUUCUAUGUUUGUUUGUUUCUUUUCAACGAUUUAUCACAUUUCUUUCUAUAUAUUUCUACAUACGUAUUUUUUCAUCAAAAUACGCCUUUCUUUCUUUUUUAUCAGCCAUUUUUUACAUUUUUUUCUUUUUCUUUUCCAUUCCUUCUUUCUUUUUUUGAACUUUACAUUUAUUUCCUGCUUCCAUUUGUUUUUUCAUUCUUUCUUAAUUUUUCUUUCUUUCUUUCUUUCUUUCUUUCUUUCUUUCUUUCUUUCUUUCUUAAUUCUUACUACUAAUUAUAUGUCACAUUUUGUCUUUUUUCUUUUUAUCUCCUCAAUUUACAAAGAAUAUUCACAUUUCUUUCUUACUAUAGUUUCAUACAUUUUCUCUUCUUUCAUUUCCAAUAUGGCUUUCUUUAUUUUUACCAAUUAUUUCAUACAUUUGUCUUUUUCUUCAGCGAUUGUUUCUGAUUUUUUUCUUUCUUUUAAUCAAUUAUUUCACGCAUUUUCUCUAUCAUUUUUUAUUCUUCCUUCCUUACUGUCCUUUCUUUCUACCAUUCAUUUCAUACUUUUCCACCUUUUUCUUCUUUUGCCUUUUGUUUUAUUUAUUUUUUCAUUGAUUCCUUUUUAUAUUAUUCUCUUCCAUUCUUAUCUAUCUAUCUAUCUAUCUAUCUAUCUAUCUAUCUAUCUAUCUAUCUAUUAG